GGGAAGCGAGCCUCGAGGGAAAAAAUAUCUCCACGCUGGUUGCGAGGUAUAGGAAAGAGCUUUAACUAUAUAUACAUGGACUGCUAACUGCUAGUCCGCUGGGAGAGCCGUUGCCAACAUCAGGUAGCCAACAGUAGCCAAACUCCGCCUUCGGGACCAUCACGUGACCAAACAGCGGCUAUUUGAAAUCGCGGUUCAUACGUAUGGUAGAGCAAAUCUCGUUGAAGAGUCCGACGAAGACAAAUAUUGAAGAGUCUCUACCAUUAAAUAGUAUAUACGAAGAUGGAUGUAUGGCUGCAUAUUCAAAUUUUAUUGCAUAUAAAUCUUGUGGAUCAUUAAAGUAUCUACGAGAAGAUACGCUCACAACGUGCACUACUACGGAAAAAAUAUUUAAUAUAUUUAAAGUAGAAAACAAGCUAAGAAUUACCAAUUUUAAACAUAAAAUGAUUGUAGCAACCAUAAAGAAUUUAAAUAUGUGCACGCUAUUUAAAAAUUUUGACGCGCAUUCAUUGGAACAAGAUAUACUAGACAACCAUAAAUAUGAAAUAAUUAAAUUAAUUAUAUCCUAUUAUUUAGAUGUUAAGUUACGGUACGAAGGUACUAGUCAAACAUUAAAUAAUCACAAAACAUUUAUUAGGAAAUCCUUAACAAAAACUGUACUUUUUAGAGGACAAUAAAAUUUAUUAUUACACUAA